GCUUGAUUUGGUCCUUCCAGAAGUGUUUAUUUCGCUUGCUUUUUAUUCGCGCACAAAACAGCCGGAGAAUAAAAUUUGUAGUAAAAUGGCCGGAUUCAAUCCCGUUGAUAUGGUGGAGGAAGAUGCGGCCGAUUUGCAGUUUCCUAAAGAAUUUGAAAACGCCGAAACGCUGCUGAUUAGCGAAGUGCACAUGCUCUUGGAACAUCGGAAAAAUCAAAAUGAAUCGUCGGAAGAGGAACAAGAGUUUUCGGAAGUUUUCCACAAAACGUACACGUAUACCAACGAAUUCCGAAAGUUCCGAAAUAAAGAAACCAUUGCCAGUGUGCGAAGCUUACUAAUGCAGAAAAAGCUACACAAGUUUGAAUUAGCAGCAUUGGGAAAUCUGUGUCCAGCAUCGCCCGAAGAGGCAAAGGCGCUCAUUCCUUCAUUGGAAGGACGCUUUGAGGAUGAUGAGCUUCAGCAAAUAUUGGACGACAUCGGUACCAAACGCAGUUUACAGUAUUAGACCGCAGCACUGCCUCAGUAUGGGACAUUAUAACUAAACGCAUCCGCCAGACCAGUUACUGUAAUGAAAACGAAAAUUAAAUCAUUAUACGAAU